AUGAGAUCAAUAAAAACAAUAAUGUUAUACAGAGUUUUCUUCAUUAUCACAAUCAUCUCGUGUAUUGAUGGAAACUUCGUGUACCAUAAAGGAAAAUGUCCAGAUAAUAAAAAGCCAGGAGAAGAAUGGAUGACGCCUGAUUGUAAAAAUUGUGUUUGCCAAGAAUGGACAUAUUACUGUUAUGUAUGUCCACAUAGAACUAUCCACGAGAAAUUCGGUUGUUAUAUAGAGAAAAGGGAUACUACUGGUGCGUCCUACCCUGUGUGUUGUUUUCCUUAUAUUCAAGUUUGUCCGGAGGAUAAACAUUUUAGUAAACAGAAAUAUAAAGAUUAUAUAGACAAUUCCAGACAAAUUAUUCCAGCGUUUUCAAGAAAAUAA